AUGAAGACUCGAAUAGCUCCGGGAGUCGGAGCCAACUUGCUCGGUCAACACUCCGCCGAGAGAAACCAGGACGCCACUGCUGACGUCAACAAUCUCGACCCUCAGGUUAGUGAAGAGUUGAUGUGGGAGCUGUUUGUUCAAGCUGAUCAUGUUGUUAAUGUGUAUGUUCCCAAAGAUAGACUCCCCGAUUCUGUUAAAGAUGUUAUUUAUGACUAUAAAUUUGUUGUCUUGACUGCUAUGCAGGCAGUCAAGGUGCUUAAUAUGAUCAAACUUUAUGGAAAGACAAUUGGUGUAAAUAAGCUUUUAACAUCAAUUGGAAACUUCUGCAUCUAUUCAAUUGUUGUUGGAAUGGUUAUUGGGAUAUCAGUUGGAACUCAGAGAAGGGCUGCCCAUUCUUACUGGUGCCAACAGCAGGCUAAGCAACAUGGCAAGUAUCAAGGAUGUGUCCCAAGGAUCACAGACAGUAGCUCAACUUGUAGACAUGGAGCUACAAGAUACUCGGCCAUUGUAUGA